AUGUCGGCACCCUUUGCAUUUGCCAAGACCAGCGCGAUAAGACGAAGGCAUAGCUUUUUGCGGGGACCGCAGGCUCAAACAACGGCAGUGAUUGGUACCUUGACGGCCAGGACGAUCAAACUGACGAUAACGACGUGGACGAACAACAACAGCAACAAUUGA